UUUAACAUGUUUCACUUACAUCCUAUUCCUUCAAAGCGUUUGCGCUCAUCUAAAUUUUAAGGUGAAAUUCAAAAAGAAAAUGGAAGGGGCAGAUAUUGAUGAAGUGAAAAAAUGUGAAAAGUUAUAUAUUUGCAAUAUAUAGCAACGGAGCAAAACAUUUAGUAAAUUGCAAUCAUACAAAAUAUUUAAACUCAUUUACUUCUAAUGAAUAUUCUCACAAUUGUACGAAAACGAAAUGUACAAAAAUCAACGUUUAAAAAUGUAAUCAAUUAAAGUGUGGCAAUACCAUCAUUGGCAACAGCUGUUACACGAAUUUCGCAAUUGUUAAAUUUAUAAAGCUUUAUUGCACAUAUUUACGUUUCAUUUCUCUAUAUAAAAUGAGUUUCACUAUCCCAGGGGAGUUCCCGAAUCUGGAGAAGAAAUCACUAGAUCAAUUAGUACUUCGAAUACCAGCAGACGAUGGUUUAAAACCAUGCUCCAUGCCAGCUUUGCAUAAACACUGGGCUCCUCGUGCCAAUUUUACAACAUAUGUAAGUCUUUUGACUCAGUAUGGUCGUGUGAAAAGUGGUGUAGAAUUGGAGGAGUGGCAUUACAACUCAAAUUGCUUUUGCAAAGACAUGCAUUUCUUGCUAAAUUGUCGCCAUCAUGAGUUUUGGUCAUAUAUGGUGUUUCAAAAGACUGCGCUAGCGGCGGUCGUUUCCUUUUUACAACGAACGACACCAUUUUAUUUGAAUGUUUGGUCACAAAUUGUUCAACAACAAAAUAUUAUAGAAAUAUACGAACAAAUACUAGAACUUGUGCUGCGUAUCGUUUGCCGGCUUAUUACUAAUCGUGAAUCGGAUGAAGCUUGGUUAAGGGUUGAGCAUCAGCGUGAAUUGAUUUAUAAAAACUAUUUAAUAUCUGUGCCAAUGUUAUUCGAUUUACUUAUGGCUGUCGGAGAUGCAGAUCCACAAAACACCGCAGUUUUACGUCGAAUUUUCGAGUCACUUUUACGAAUUGAACCAAACUAUAAGCAGGAUAUCUUAGCAGCAUUGUCAUUUUUUCGCACCGCAUUUCGAAGUAUACAAACACAAACCGAAAAUGAGGGAUUCGAAGGUGCUGGUGGAGGUGAUUUAGAUGAGAAUGCUGAAACCCCGUAUGAUGAUGUUGCUUUAUACACCUUAGACUGUGCGUAUUCACUAAGUGUGCUUUUAGCUGUUUGUCCGGAAGUGCAGGCCUUAUGCGCUGAAAUUAAAUUGGGACAAAGUAUUGCACAGUUCUAUGAUAAUACAAUUCCUUUUUUGUACAAAAAUAUAUUCCUCAUUAACGAGGCUGCUACAAGUUUGGGCUGGCUUAAUAUGGCGCGGUUAGAAUAUUUAAAGGCUUUUCGAAGUAUAGCUUACAGCUUUGUUGAAGCAGUCAUGGCGAACCCAGAGGAGAGUAUGUCGAACGCUGAACAACUUAUAGGAUUACUGACUGAAUGCCUCUCAGAACAGACUUUCGUAAAUGAUUAUGGCCGCUUAUACCCUGUUGAACUAGACGUUGAUAUACUUAAACAAUCCUGCAAAAACUUGGAUGGAUUUAAAGCUUCCUUUAUUGUGCAAGGAUAUCAACAAGAAUCAAAACCUACUAUGGAUAAGAACAAUUUUAAACCCAAUAAAAAAGUUAAAAAUUCAGCGAAAUUAAAUAAUAAAAAUAACCAAACCUCAAAUAAAGACACAAAUAUUAUAUCGUCCGCUGCUUUAGCUCAAGAACGUGAUAUUGAUUUAGAAGUAACGUCAGUAUUGGAUGUUCUGCCUCACUUAGGCACAGGGUUUGUUCGACGUAUACUGUCGCGCUAUAACAACAGUGAAGAGGCUAUCGCCGCUAUACUCGAAAACAAUCUACCACCCGAUCUAGUGAAUUCAGACCAAACCGAGGUAUAUAUACCACCCGAUCCACAAGAUAAGACUUAUCAACAGACUGGUGUUAAACACUUUAACGUUUAUGAUGGCGAUGCAUAUGAUGUCAUGACGCAAGAUAACCCUAAAUGUAUUAUAAAACAGGGUAAAGGCAUGCCAAAUGCACCAAAAGAUGCUGCCCAAUUGUUAGAUGAUAAAAGUGAUUUAGCUGAAUUAAAAUCACGCUACCAAGCGUAUACACUAGUCAGUGAAGGUGAAAGUAGCAAUGAUGAAUACAAUGAUGAAUAUGAUGACAGCUAUGAAGCAUUAUUGGAAAGUGAGACACGUGUUGUUAAAUCCAAACAGCUCAAAGCUGGACUAGCAAAUGUUGAAGAUGUAUCUGACGAAGAGAGUGAGGAUGAUCAGGAAACUGCAGGAGAUAAAUUUAAUUCAGAUGCACAAAAUGAUCGUAAUAAACGAUUGAAUUUUUGUGAAAAUCCCGAGGAUAUACGAGCUCGUUACGAAGCUCGACGACAAGCUAAAUGGAGUAAUCGCAAUCAUGGCGGCAAUUUCGAUAAUAGUAAACCGCGAGACGUUGUUGGCGCGCCAAAAGGUCAAGGCCAAGAUAAAGAUACUUUGAGAAAUCGCGAAAAAAAAGAGAAAAAUAAAUCUUCGCGUGCAAAUCAUAAUCGUAAAAUGGGUGCAGCCUUUAAACGUAGCAAAGGAAUGAUGGGCUAAUCGUGUUGAAGGUGCAAUUUAAUGAUUUAAGUUAGAAAUUUGUCGCAAGUCAAGAAACAGAUAGUUUAUUUAUGCAAGAUCACAGUUCUACAGAUAAUAUUGGCGGUAAGUGCUAUAAUAUACUCUAUGGUAUAUGAAUAUAAUAUAAUAUCAUAAAAACAUAUGUAAAUAUGUAUCAAAAUUUGAAAGAUAUUUGAAAAUAUAUACAGAUCAUAUUCCAUUUGCCACUCGCUAUCCGAUUUUAUUGUAUUUCGGCGAUCUAAUACUAUGUAGCUCUAAGGAGCACACCCAGUUGACAACCUAAAAAACGCGCUUUUGGGGAAUUAACGUCCCUAUUGCGGUUUUCAACCCAACUGCAUUUUGGUUGAAGUUCUGAAAUUCGGUAUUAUAGUUUUUAACUCAACCCGUUAAAAAAUUUUGGGUUGAAGUGUUUAUUU